AUUUUCAGUAAUUAGUUUUUUAGAGAGAGAAAUAGUGUAGUCUUCAUAAAUAGAUAAUUUUUUUAGUAAAACGCUAAAAAAAGCAAAAAAGUAACAGAAAAAAAUUUAUUUAGUCGAGAAUUAGAUGCCUAGAACAAAAAAGUGUAAAAGGCUAAUUAGAAUUCAAUGCUGCAGUUAUCAAAAAAGAACUAUCGCUAAAUUGCAUUAAAAAUACAAUGAAAUUAAAAGCCUCCAGGCAUUCUGAACACCAUAUCACUAGAAGAAAAUUCAACUUUAGUUUUCGUCAGUAUUCGUAGAUCUGUGCUAUUAUAAAUCAAAGGCUUAGCUAAGAGAACUCCUGCAGUCAACUCAGAUUAUUUUAUUAAUUUAUAAAUAAAGCCAGUAACAAUCAAAGAUUCCUGAUAUAGAGCAGCAAGUCAAAACUAGUAUAUUAGUGCUCAGUGCAAGAGCUAGGUAAAACAGGUAUGUUCGUUCCUGUAAAUGAGACUUGACAAAGACAAAAAACUAUAUUUUGCUAAGACUGUGUCAUUCAAGGAAAACGUUUGAGCCGGCUUUUGAGCACCACACGUUACUCCUAUCAAGGUUAAGAAAAUAAUACCUGAACAGUUUCAAGUGUUAUGCCCCUGAAGUUUCACCUACUUCGACAAUGACUAACCAGGUGUGAUCAGCUGACUGGAUCUACAGAUUUCCUUCAGAUUCUUGCAAAAGCAAACUUGCUUUCACGCCAUCGAGAGAUAAGAAGACAGACGUAGCCUACUCAAAUUCAAAAAUUUGUGACAAGUGCCCCGUGAACCAUGAUGACCCCGGAGGGCCACAAGGCAGACCAGAAUGGCGCUGCCACCAACGUGGGGAAAAGUGAGGGACACGAAACAGAGACCAACGGGGACGCCGGGGGAGCUGGAGUCCUAGGGCACGCGAAGGAACUGUGCGUCAACAAGAUGGGGCACACGAUGGUGCCAAGAAUGGAAGGUGGAGCGGCCAAAUUUCGAGAUCUGUUCUGGCAGCACCGCCUCCCCACCAUCACCUACUGCGCCGUCUUCUGGUCGUUCGGGAUGUGCGUGGCCUUCCUGGGACCUACGCUCCUGGAGCUGUCCUGCCGCAUCUCGUCUGUGUUCAGCGCCAUGUCCUGGAUCUCCUUCUCCCAGUCUCUCUUCACACUCAUCGGUUCAGCCUGCGGAGGUCUGCUAAUCCAAAGGUUGGGAAAUCACGUGGUUCUCUUGAUAUCGACAGUCAUGCUCUCGAUAACGCUAGCCACCAUCCCAUUCUGCUCGGUCUUGGGAUGGCUAGCGGUGGUUUUGGCUACCAUGGGCUUCUUCAUGGGGACCAUUGACACCGUGGCAAAUAUCUCCAUGAUCCAGCUGUACGGAGUCAACGUUGCUCCUUUCCUGCAGGCUUUGCACUUCUUCUAUGGACUGGGUGCCUUUCUGUCGCCGAUGAUCGCGGAACCAUUCUUGCAGAACAAGGCUUGCAACGACUCCGACUCCAGCGCCGAAAAGUAUCACAAAAUCCAUCUGAAUAUGCCAGCAAAUAUAACUCAACCGUUGCAUCAUCCUAAUGACACUCAAUCAGACUCAGAAAUCCAGUACGCCUUCUGGAUUCUGUCUGGCUUCCAGGUGCCAGUGAUCCUCCUCCUGGCGGUACUCUUAGUCCGGGAGAUGAUGGGCCUCGACAACACAGGGCCCGACCCCCCUGAAGCUCCCCCCAACGUCGAGGGCAACAAGGAGCAGUACGAGAUGCACUUGACCGGGGGAGUCACCGUCAAGGUUAAGGACGACGAAGAUCGACCCACUGUGACCCGCGAACAGGUCAUCAUGGUGGCCACCCUCACUGCUGCCAUGCUGUUUCUCUACGACGGUCUUCAGUCUGGCUAUGGAUUGUAUGUGUUCUCGUACGCAGUGAAGAGCAUCGCUGGCAUGUCAAUGAACGAAGCCGCUUACCUGAACGCUUGCUUCUGGGGCACCUUCGCCUUCGGUCGACUUGUCUCCAUCGGGAUUGCUACCAAACUCGCCCCGUCCUUCAUGCUGCUGUGCAAUAUUUGCGGAUGUCUAGUGGCGAUGGUGUUGAUGCUGUGUUUCAGCCACAACCACAGCGUCCUGUACGUCGGGACCUGCAUCUUCGGGACCUUCCUCUCGUCCGUCUACCCUACAGCUGUCACCUUGGCGGAGACUUAUAUACACGUCACUUCUUUCAUGACGAGUAUUUUGGUGGCCACAGCAGCUUCUGGUGAGAUGCUUAUUCCUGUCAUCAUAGGCCAUGAAUUUGCCGCCUUUGGUCCAACCAGCCUGCUCGUCACUGGGGUCGUCAUGACACUCCUGUCAAUAGUGCUCUACGUCGCGCUCUACUUGGUUGCUCAGACAAUCGUUCGACAGUCUUCGGAACAGGGUAUAUUCAAGCGGUUCCAGGUCAUUCUUCUAAGAAAGAAGGUCGAUGAAACUGAAGACAGUGGUCUGAUGAAACACCACGUGAAGUACUAUUCCAGGAUGAAGCGCGACCUCUCUGAAUCUUCGGUGGGAGACGAGGGCGCAGUGAAUGAUCCAACGGGAGAGACCAAUAAAACAUCCUCUCCAACGCAGCUUUAAAGAAGAAACCAACACCAUACCAGAAUCGUUUUCUUUCCCGACAAUACGACUAAAUAUUACACAGACCAUGAUAACCGCAGAGGGAAGAAGGCUGAACUUCGCCGAACAAGAAGGCGACGUAAGCAAUAAGAUUAUUGAUGUCGAAACAAAGAUUCGGUUCCUGUGUGUGUAGAUACGUUAUGUACAUAUUGAUUGCAGGAAUGACUGUGGAUAUUUGUGUCUUCUCGAGGAAAAUAUUUGCUGGUUGUAGUUACAAGAAUAUGUCAAAGUAAGGAGUCAUUAAUGUGAAGAUUCAAGGAAUUAACAAUUACGAAGGAACAAGUAACUUUUUCUGACAUUAGUGACGUGAUAAGUCCUUGAUACACUUUUCAUUGUAGACGAGGGUGUCGAAAGGGAGGGAAGUUAGGCUAACCGUAUAUUUCCCAUUUCUAAUAUAAAUUCCAUCGUUGCUUUUGUGCUGUAACUUUCUCUUAUACAUGUUACUGAUGCUGUUUUAGGGGCGAAUAAGGAACCCCAUUUUUCUAUUCUCGUCAAUACCUGCAAAUGUAACUAGCAUUGUUUGUACAGUGAUAUUAGUGUAAAGAUUUUAUCUUGUUAAAAUAAUGUUACGAUGUACUCGUAUUACAGCAAUAAUGUACUAGUACCUUUUGACAUUCUGCAAGGAUUCGUUUCUUUUUAUUCUAUUUAUUAAUACCAGGCAACGAUUCAAUGUACUAGAAUAAUGGUACUUGAUUUGCCGUCCUGUUUUUACUCUUUGUUUUUGAUUCUGUUGAUUAACAGUUAGAAAUCUUUCCUUAAGAUUUUUUUGGUAAAAAAACAUAAAUGAUAAUGAACAAAAUAAAAUAUAAUAAUACAAACAAAAUAGGUAUAAUAGGUUCACAUAUACACAAAUAUGCAUGAAACAUAAAUAGAGGUAUACAACAUAAUAUAUAUAUAGUACAUCUUUUGUACAUGUAUGUAGAUAUGUACAUCUAAAUACAUUAAUAUAUAUAUAUAAUGUAUAUAUAUAUAUAUAUAUAUAUAUAUAUAUAACCUUGUAAAUAUAUUGUGGUACGUAUGUAUGUGCUCAUAUGUGCAAGUAAUAAUUGUGUACAUGCAUGUACCUGUGUAAGCUUGCUUACAUUAACAUGUAGUGUACAAUAUAGAAACAUAUAUUUAAUACCAUUGUGGUAUUUCCCUGUAUAUAUGUACAUACAGUACUUAAAACGCUAUAUAUCAAUAUGUGUGUAGCCUUUCAAACUAUAUUUUGGAUUUUUUAUUAAAUAAGAUAAACCCUGUUAUAGAUUUCCAAGGAUGUCUUUGUUCUACUGUACACUACAUUAAAUUAUUCCUG